CUGAUAUUUACCUCAGGUUCAGUAAGCCCAUUCAGAGCCCGGACUACGCUUCCCACAGACCGUCCGGUGGCUCUUAUUCGAGCGCGUGAACCUAGUCCUAAACAGCAGACUCGUAUCCCUCGAGGCCAAAAUGUGACAUUAGUCUAUGGGGACCGUUCACAAAGCAGAAAUGGUCAUGAAAAAGGACACAGACGAACGAAAUCGGCCGCACAGCCAACGGUUCGAGUGGGAAGAGACUACUCUCCAACCAAAAUUAAUGGUGCCUCCAAAAUUCUCUACGCCACAGAGCCAGAGACAAGCGACUAUCCUAAUGUUCGAAUUUCAAGACCUCCAUAUACGACUGAAUCUUCUUCACCGGAUGCUUACUCAAAUCACAAGCUACCUUAUGGAUUCACUGUAGAUUCGCAAUUGCCAGAGAGACACAAUAAUAACCACGAAAGUUCGAAAAGAAACGGUGAAAAUGGCAUGAGGUUUGAAAGCACUAGACCUUCCGGGAUUCCAUACUUUGAUUAUGAUUCCGACAUCAAUGCAGAUACCAAUGACAAUGGAUUGCGAAGAGAAAGAAAUGAUAUUUACUUGGACGAUCAAGGUCGUGAUCACCAACCUCGUAUCGGAUACCAAGAAGAAAGAAUGGACUCUCCUGUUGCGCGAAAUCACAAUGGUAACAAUAGUUUCAAUUUCCAAGUUGGAGAAGAUGUGCGUAUUGCUGGUUACACACCCGUUAAUCAGCUGAUAUCGGGAGACUUACUUCCAUCACCAUUAAUUGAACCUCUGCCACCGAAAUUGGAUGAAGAUAUCGAUCAGCCCAAGAGGGAGCUCAACACUUGGCAUGAUCCAACAACUAAAGCGGAAUCGACCUACUCGUCUCAUGGCUACGAAGUUGUAAGGGAUACCGAUUCCUAUUCACUUCAACAAACGAAUCUUGAAAUGCCUGUGCCAUCUUCAGUUACCGUGGGCAACAAUGUUUCGAACGACGGAAAACCGUUAGCCGUCACGGGAAAAGAAAUUCCAUCCUAUCCGCCACCACCCUCCUUAAUACCAACUCCUCCAUCAGAAUCACCACUUCCGUAUCAAACUCCAUUGAUUUCGAAACCACUUCAAUACAAGAUGGAGCCCAAAAUAAGACAUGAAGAUCAAUUGUCAAAUAAUGAACAAAACAGAGUAAGCAGUUUCGAUCUCUUGAAUAAGGUCACUGUUCCAGUAGGAAGUCGAAUUCAACAAAGAAUUAGAGAACUUUCUGCGCACUUAGAACGGAAAGAACAAUCGUCUAUCCCUAAAAAACCACUAGCCGAUUCAGGAAAAAGUAAAAUUAGCGCUUCAAGUAACUCGCAAAGAAAGGACAUUAUUUCAGAAAAAUCGCAACAAGGGGAACCACCAGUUGCCACUACGAAACCCCCUUCAACUCAGUUCCAUGCGCUACCAAUGCGAGUUUCUGGCAAGUACAUUGAUCGCAUGGACACAUUCAUCGAUCAAAAAUUCCGUGCAGUGGACUCAAAAUCUUCUGAACAUCUUAAGAGGAUUGGACUGCCUGCAAAUAACCAACCUACCUCAAUAACUCAAAAAGAAACAGGCGUUCCACAUUAUGAAAAUAUUUCACGAAGCUGGAGGAAUAGCAAUCCAGUAAGCAAGCAGUUUAAACAAAACGAUGAAAAGUGCACUCUUGAACUACCUUCUAAGGAAAAUAUGAAGACCUCUAUCGAUGAAUCUUCUGGACUGAGGUUUAUUCAAUCUAUUCAACCAGGCCAAUUAAUAGUCCAACGAGUGAGGGAACUCAUGAGAGGAAGCGGUGAAACACAUUCCAUUCCCGUUAACUCUCCGAAUGAACCAGCUCAAACCAAGCCCCUCAUUGAAGAUUUUCGUCUUGUGGCAGUGUUGGGUGAAGGAAAAUUUGGCAAAGUUUUUCUGGCUGAACACAAGCGCGAUAACACUUAUGUGGCGUUGAAGUCUUUCAAAAAAAUUGACUUAUUAAGAGAAGGCAAUGUGGACACUUUGAAGGUUGAAAAGCGAGUAUUGUUGACUGUUAGUCAAAAGAAGCAUCCCUGCUUUGUCCAUAUGCUCGCAUGGAUGCAACAGCAGCACAUUCAACGCGGAAAAUUCACUGAGCAACAAACUGUUUUCUAUGCAGCCUCUGUUGUACUUGCAUUGGAGUUUCUGCAUGAUAACAAUAUCAUGUAUCGUGAUCUCAAGCUGGAGAACCUGCUGUUAACAGAAAAGGGCUACUUAAAACUACUUGAUUUUGGGCUAUGCAAGGAAUGCACAGGACCAAAUGACAGGACAAAUACCUUUUGUGGAACUCCAGAAUUCGUGGCACCAGAAAUUAUAAUCGGAAACGGAUAUACUAGAGCUAUAGACUGGUGGUGUCUAGGUGUACUCAUCUACGAAAUGAUUGUCGGAAAGUGCCCAUUUGCUGGGGCUUCUGAAGAGGUCAUUUACAAAAAUAUAAUGCGUCAAGAACCCAGAAUCCCAAUAAAUGUUGGCGACAAGCCUAGAGAUAUCAUCAAAAGACUUAUGCAAAAAAGUCCUUCUAAACGAUUGGGGGCAACCACUGGAGGCAGCGCAGUAAUCAAGAAGCAUCCUUUCUUCGCCAAUACAGACUUUGAGGGAAUUUUGAUGCAACGAGUUAAACCUCCAUUCGUUCCCAAAAUCAGGGAUAUUGAGGAUGUGUCGAAUUUUUAUUCUCGCUGCACAGAGACGUUACCAAGGCUAUCAACAACCGAGAGAUCUCUUUCACCUCAAGUCAACAAGCUUUACUUUUCAGAUUUCGAUUUUUAA